AUGGCUACCGUUCGGGCAAUCAUUCAACGAGCAGCCACUUCAACGAAAGAUCCAGCCACACAAAUGCAGAUGAUUCGUCGAGUGCUCGAGGAUAUCCACGGCGGAUCGUGGGGCGUCUUGAUCAUUAAAAACCCGAAUAUGGUUUCACAGGACGUUCAUUGGACGAUCCCCGAUCACACGAACGAGGACGGAUCACCGGCAUUUUGUUUGGCUGUUGUGAAUCGAUGGCAAUACAACAUUUUCAAGACGGGUACCGUUGAUCGACCGGAUCGAGUGACCGUUGUCGAUGUGGUGAAUAAAAUUCGACAACAAGAAGCGAAAAAGCCGAAAAGCCGUAUUUUGACCUCGGAUCUCGAGAGAUUUGUUGAC